GGUGGUUUCUCUCGGCGUGGUCUUCCGCCGUUUGUCCCAAAUGCCACCAAAAUUGUCGCUUUUUCGGUGCUCGUAGGAUGUUGCAGCAUUGUAUCUCCGUUUUCGUUUCGAAACGUUUCGAUAGGUGUAUUGCCUCGGAAAAGGGGGGUCAACGUUGGUACGCCGGUUUGGUUUCAAGGGUGGGCAGAGUGAGCUGAGCACGAGGUUCGGUAGUGACUUAGUAUCUGGGAAAUAAUCUGGUUUCUGGGCAGGCGAGGGACAUUUGUUGGAACAGGCGGUUUCUGUGUGGUGUAUUUUUGUAGCGGAAGUGAAAGGAAUGCUGGUUCCGGAGUUUGUAGCGUGGAAUUGGUUUUUCCUGUGAUUCCAAAGGUGCGUGUUGUAGGGGUUGGAGGUAUCCAGAUGUGGUUACAAGCAAAUAAUGUAUUAAAAAGAGGGUUGAGAUAAUUUAGGGUUUUCGAUCGUCUAUAGAGAGACGGAAGUGGCUUUGGUGGAUAAUUUCUCUGCGAGAGGAGGGGGUCUGGAGGUUGAAUACAGUGGAUGGUUGAAAAAGUAGGUUUCCAAAGUGGCGAGGGUUAGAGAAAGAGGAGAAGAAGCAGAAGAAUCCGGCAGCGCUGUGAAGGAAGUAGUUACUGUUGUAACUGAGGGUGUGAGAAAAUUUGGUCAAGCUGGCGUACCAGGCUCGGCCGACGGUUUUGAUGGGGGAGAGUUUAGGCGCGCUGCCGAUGUCCAUGUCGCUCCAGGUGACGCAUGACAUGAACCACCCUGAUAUGGGGUCCCUCACCCCGGUCCGCGGCCGAAAUCUGAAGAAGGAGGAUCGUAUUCCUCAGUGGGGAUAUCACGAAACCAAGGAGUUCAUCGCUAUUCGGGCAGAGUUGGAAAAGGACUUCACGCAAACCAAGCGGAACAAGGCCCUGUGGGAGCUGAUUGAGAGGAAAAUGAAGGAGAAAGGGUUCCGGAGGAGUGCGGAUCAAUGCAAAUGCAAGUGGAAAAACUUGGUCAACCGUUACAAGGGGAAGGAGACGUCUGAGCCUGAUUAUGAGUUCACGCAGGGGAAGGACCCUGCUGAUCCCGAGAAUGGCAGGCAGUGCCCUUUCUUUGAUGAACUCGAUGCCAUCUUCAAAGAGCGUGCCAAGAACUCAGACAGACUUCUUCUGGAGUACGAGUCAGGACCUCGAGCCAAGAAGAAAGGCAAGAGGAGCAAAGCUAAAAGUGAUGACGACGAUGACAGUGAGGAUGAUGAUGAUGAGGAGGAAAGUGAAGAGGACCGCGUCGUACAGAGGAAGAAAAGGAAGGGCGAGAAGGACAACAAUCGGCCUAGGGUAACAGCGGAGAAGUAUCGUGCCAACAGCAUGCAGGAAGUGCUGGAGGAUUUUUUUCAUCAGCAGCAGAAAGUGGAGGAACAAUGGAGAGAAUCGGUGGAGAGGAGAGAGCAGGAGCGACGGUUGCGGGAGCAGGAGUGGAGAGACGCUAUGGAGAAGCUGGAACAGGAGCGGAUAGCGAGAGAGCAAAUGUGGCGAGAGCGUGAGGAACAAAGGAGGAUUCGUGACGAGGCCCGUGCACAGAAGAGAGACGAACUCUUUACGGUCUUAUUGACCAAAUUGGUUCAGGACGAGGGCUAUUGAUGUGAUGAGUGCUUUCGUUACAACAUGUCGAUGAUGUGAGGUGCAGAUUUUACAAUCUAGCACGGAGAGCUGGAUAUCUGUUGUAUACAUUCCCUUGUGGUGGGUUUCAGAGUACCUCAUGGCCACCAAUUGUGAAAGAAUGCCAUGAACAGUUUUACCAGCAUAGGGUUCUGAGCUCAGAAUAGUUAGAGUCUUGGUCAUUUUUGCGGAUUAUGUUCAAUGUGGGUUGUAGAGAAGUUCCACGUUAGAGGCUGCGGUCAUCUGCUCGGAGCACCUGUAGGUUCCCCACUUGUAGAGGUGUAAAUCCCCUUAUUGAUAGGUUUGAAGUGUUUGUAUCUGGAGUUCUAAGAAAUGGCCCAGACUGACUGUAAGAUUUGUCAAGUAUCACUAUUUUUGUGCUUUCCUUUUAGUAUGUUUUCCUUAUGUAUCUGUAUUCCAUGAGUUCUUUGUAGGUUUCACAUUAUGUUAACGGUUGUACUGGCGGCACAUGCCUUAGUAUUAAUGAGAAAACUGAGUGGUGUUGGCAUCUGGAGCAUUUGACAAAGCAUAGGUAUUGUAACUGAAGGUUUUUGAAGGAAUAAAGUUGUUAUCUUAGCCUUGGUCA